AAUUGUGAAUGCCGUCAAAGUGACAAAUCCGUCAAAAUAAUGCAGAAAGGCUUCGAAUUUAAAAACGAAAGAAUACACAACAACAAAAAAUACGGAAAUAUAAAACACAAAUCAAGACAAACACUACAAAUGAAACAAUUUUGCCGAAAAAUGCAAAAAAGUGAGUAAAAAGCUAAUUCAAACAUUUAUAGAGAAAAUACAAGUCAUUUAGACGAGGCAGCACAUUGGAUUUAAAUUCCAUAGCAACUUGAUGAACUUCCAUUUUUGAACAUUUUGUACAAGGUGUGUUAAAAUGAUUCUAGUCUACGCUUUGUAGAAUCAACGACAGGCAUUCAGACAUCGAAUAUUGCCAUUCUUUAUUUACUAAAGUCACCAAUUCGAAACUUCGGUAAAUAAAAGUGUCUACUUAGACAGUGUAACAGUUGAGUUGUUUUUUUAACAGGAAUUUUCGAUGUAAUUAAUUAACAUUUUAUGAACGGAUUCAAUUGAGAAAUUGAAAGUGCAAAAGAAAUUUUUUUGUGUCCCGUCCGUCAUCAGUUUGUAUUUUUUUCCUGCUUGUAUUUCAAAUUAAAAAAUGUCGCGCAAUUGUAGGUUGGUACUGAGUUCCUAUAAAGAAAAAUUCAUUUCUACUGAUACUGUUAAAAAAAAAACUGCAAAUAAAACCUAAAAAUUUGUGUCCCCUCAUUAAAAUGGAAUGGCUAACAUGUAAAUCAAUUUCAAGGUUACCUAGAGGAAAAUCAUUUUAACACACCUUGUAUUAUAUUUUACUGAUUUUAAGCUGAUCAAAAUUGAAUUAUGACUAGGUACUUAUCACUUUAUUAUUAGUAAUUUACUACACAUUUGUUAAUCACAAUUUUUCUGUUCUAUGUUUGUCCACUUGUGGGUUUCCUUCCAUUCGCCGGCUUUUCCAACGGUUCUGCAUUGGGGCGCCAAACAUGGUAAUCCGAAGAUCAUCCAAAUGUUCGCUGGCAAGUACAAGGUGGAUGUCAACGGGAAGACGAACGGGGGUUACACACCACUACACCUAGCAGCACAGUUCGGGCACAGAGAUAUUUACGACAUGCUCAUAAAUGAAUAUCAUGCUGAUUCGAAAAUUCGGGACUAUAGCGGCAGAUUACCGGCUUAUUACUUGCAAAGUAAAGAUCAAAAAAUCCGAAAAGAUAACAUCCGCAAGAUCAAAGGGCGGAAAAAACCCACAGAUAAAGAUUUGGGGUUUUUACGGAUCGGGUCGUUGAAUGUGCGAGUUAAAAAAACUACGGAGGCUUUUAGCAAUUUCUUGGGGGUUGGAAGUGGUUCUGUCACCGCACUCGAAACGACCAGUGAGAAGGUGCACAAAGGGUGGGGCUCUGCCGAUAAUGUCAACCAGGAAAAUAUAAAUCCGGGGCCUAAAAUCAACACGGUAAAGAAGAAAUCGAAAAGGCCCUAUUCGUCAGGAAUGAACAGCACUCCGGGGACUCCCCGCCAAAUGUCGAGGAAUUUUUCCAGUUUUCACACAAAUGACUCGGAUUCGGACUCAGCCGCCGGGUUUGACUCACAAUGGAAGCACUAAUACGAAGCAACAUCACGGUGAUUGGACUUAAAUACGCUUUAUUAUUUUUAUAUUAUGAUGUGUACCUAUUUUUUAAUAAAUUAAUAAAUUUUUGAACACUU